AUGUGCCGUGGUGGGCUCGCUUUGAUCCGCGGGCUGGCGCGGCCUGUAUCACAGAGCGGGGCGUCUGGCGGCGGCGGCGGAGGCGGCGGCGGCUCUAUUUCUAGAGCGACAGCCGGGGGGCGGCCGCAGCCGACGCUGACGCCGACGCCACUUGAAUCAAUUUGGAGCGCCGUCAAUUAUGUUGGAGGGAAGAGCGCGUUUCUGGGAAGAGCGGCGGCGCGCGGGCAGCAUGCUGAUGGCGGCGCGCCGGCGCAUGCUAAUAGCCCUGCCGGCGCGGGCAGCGCUAGGCAGCGAGGGCUCGCAUUGUUCCCACGAGCGUGUGUGGCCGGCCCCCUCCCACCCCGAUUAAUGGCCGGCCGCUGUGACGGGGCUUUGAACCCGGGCCGCCACCCCCGCGCCCGACCUGCAUGCGCUAUGGGCCCCAUCGCCGCCGCCGCGGCCGCUGCCCGCUGUCUGCGUGCGCGCUGCAUUUGUACUCCCCGAGCAACCAGUCGGCUGUCUGGCGGGGAAGACUCGCUGCCUGGUGGGCAGCGGCGCCGGGCCGUCGCGACGCCGGGGCAGGCCCGGGGGCAGCCCUGGCCGCGGUCUCGUCAGGCGACAAAUGAGAACAAAUUAAGUAAACAGCGGCUGCGGUGGCGGGGGCGGCGGGGGCGGACGGCGAAAGGCUAG